AUGCACUUCUCUCGUGCUUCCAUCGCCCUUCUAGCUGCUGGCCUUGUCGGUGCGCAACUACCGGAUAUCCCAGGCUGUUCUCUGAGCUGCUUCGUCUCUGCCCUCUCCGCUGAUGGGUGCUCAUCCUUAACCGAUUUUGCGUGCCACUGUCAGAAGCCUGAACUUGUUUCGAAUAUCACGCCUUGUGUGCAGAGCUCCUGCAACGUUGCCGAUCAGUCUUCUGUCUCCAGUGCCGUCGUUUCCCAGUGCUCUGCCGCCGGUCAUCCAAUAUCUGUGCCCCCUGUCGGCGCUGCCAGCACCACAGCUUCGGAGACAACCACUACUACGGAGUCGUCGACCCAGACUGAGACCACCACUAACACCUCAUCCACUGGCUCUUCUAUCUCCUCGUCGGCAGUCUCUUCAACCCCCUCGUCCUCCUCGGCCUCGAGCUCACACCAUCAAUCCUCUAGCUCUGCCUCGGCCACUCGCACCGUGACGAGCUCAGGAUCAAGCUCUGCAUCUACCAGCGCCAGUGCUUCUGCAACUACCACCCUGUCCAACAACGCUGGUUCCGACAAGGCCAAUGUGGCGGGUGUUGCUGCCGUGGCGGCCGCUGCUCUCUACCUGCUGUAG